AUGGGGAGCCCUAGUUUUGCUGCCCCCAUUGCAAAUGUCACCGCAGCAGUUGGUAGAGAAGCAAUAUUAACUUGCUUAGUUGGUGGUUUGGGAAUAUUCAAGGUGGCCUGGUUGCGAGUGGACACGCAAACAAUACUCACCAUUCAGAAUCACGUCAUUACGAAAAACCACCGAAUAGGCGUCACACACAGCGAGCAUAAGACCUGGUUUCUGCACAUACGGGAAGUAAAAGCGUCAGAUAAAGGAUGGUACAUGUGUCAAAUCAAUACGGAUCCGAUGAAAAGUCAAGUUGGCUUUUUGGAUGUUGUUGUGCCUCCAGACAUUCUCGAUUAUGCGACUAGCAGCGACAUUGUAGUUAGAGAAGGAGCAAAUGUUAUCUUACAAUGUGUGGCAAAAGGAUUCCCCAAACCUGCAAUCGCCUGGAAACGAGAGACGGGAGAUUUAAUUACAUUAGCCGAUGGAAAUACAGUUGCAAUCGCAGCAGGUUCAUUGCUAAACCUGACGCGGGUGAGCAGAAAGCACAUGGGCGCGUAUUUGUGCAUUGCCUCCAACGGAGUCCCUCCUUCUGUUAGUAAACGAAUUAUGCUCAUCACUAAUUUUCCUCCAAUGGUUUGGAUAAAGAAUCAGUUGGUAGGAGCAUACGAAGGCCAGCAGAUUACCCUCGAGUGUCAUACCGAAGCAUUUCCAAAGUCGAUAAACUAUUGGACUAAUGACAACGGAGACAUUAUCACUCACAACAAUGUAAAAUAUGACUCCUACAUGAAGAGCUUUUCUUAUUCAACGCACAUGCAGUUGAACAUAGACAAUGUAGCACAGCCAGAUUAUGGGAACUAUAAGUGCGUUGCGAAAAACUCUCUUGGGGAAACUGAUGGGACAAUACAAGUUUUCAGUAAGUAUUCGAAUGUUCUGCUACGAAAUGCAAUAAUAAACGCAAAUUUUAAAAAUAAUAUGAAUUUAAUGGUUUGUUAA